GAGUCUGAUGAGAAGAGGCACAGUAUAUGAAGGCUGUUGUAGAGAGAUUCAACAUAAUCCCAGAGUGUCCAGUUGAAAAAUUACAAUAAUUGAUUUGACAGGAAAAAGAUGGAGGCAACAAACAUGGCAGAUAAUAUUUCACCUGCAGCAAGUGAAAAGUUGCUGACCUAUCUCAUAAAUGAACUGGGCAAGAUGAAAUCUGUUGCAGACGAAAAUCAUCUACUUAGACGCCAAGUUAACAUUUACAAGUUAAAUGAAAAAAGUCACAUGGCUUUAAAGGAGGAGGUGAUUGAACUGAGGAAGCAGCUGAACCUCAAAAGAGAAUUUUGUAAAUCCUGGAAGAAAGACCAGAAACUAUUCCUUGAACGGGAGGAUCAACUGAUCCAGCUGACCAAAGAAAAAGACUUCCUGAUUAAGCAGCAGUUGCCAUACAAACAAUGCACUCAGUCGAGACGGAAAAAUGAAGACCAGGAAUACACUUUGAGGUGUCAGAAGACCAAAACAUCGCACAAAAUCCAUUGCCUCGAGCUGGAGGUGGAGAAACACCGGCAACAGAUAUUAAAACUUAAGACGGAGAAUGGGAAACUUCAGGUGGAGAAAAAACAACUCCAGGAGGAGAAAAGCAAACUUUUUAAAAAUAAUACUGACAUUCAGCACAAGAAAAGUGAACUCGAGGAGGCGAUGAGGCAUCUUAAGAAGGAGAAAAACAAACUUCAGGAUGAGAAAAGCGUAAUCCUCAGGAGGGAAAGUACCCAAAGAGAAAAGUUAAGUGUCAUGGACAAGAUGUAUUCUGAUCUUGAGAAACAACUGGAACAGAUAGUCACAGACCUAGACAAGAAUUCACCAAACAUAUCUAUCAACGUGAGCAUGGACAAGCCACUUGCCAUCGCCAAGAUGCAAGAGAAGAAUCGUAAGUUAAACGAGACACUGAUCACAACGCGCAAGAAACUGGAAAGGAAGGAUUGCAUAAUAAGUGAAAAGGAGAAGAAGUAUGAGAAGCUGAAGCGGAGAAUGUCAGAGCUGCUGCCUCCAGAGAAAUUGGAAUUGUUGCAGAAGUGCCAGUUUGUAACCCGAGAUCUUGGCAAAAAGGUCAAGGCACUAAUGGGACAGUUUAACAUGUUCCAAGCAAUAGUCGAGGAGUACAAAAAUGAGAAUGGGAAAUUGUUUGAUAAGGUAGCAAACAUCACAAAGUCGUACCUUAUUGAAAAAAAGCGGACCUGUGACUUGUGUGAGGCCUUGAAGGCGAGUGGAAUCAAAGUGCCUGAACACAAACCAAGUGCCUUCCAGGUCCCAGUCAGCCCCAAUGUGUUGCGCAUGCAGUCCAGAGAAAAACAGGUCCACACCAAGAUGCAAACCCUUAAAGCAACUCCUGCCUGUCUCCCACCCAUCUCCCAAAAGCCACUGCUGGAGCCUGGCAUCAAAUCAUUUGCCUUGGGGGCCUCCACCAUCUCAAAAAAGAGAAUCUUUAAUUCUAAAGCCAAUUUGGAUCUACCCAUAACCAACAAGACCGAUGAGUCCCAUAAGAAAUUUCCUUAUAUCAAAUUCCCACCCAUCUCUUCCAACUCUCUUCAGAGAAAAAUCUUUAUGACUGAAACAUCUUGCCCAAACAAUAACUAAUAACUAGACACUCUGAGAGCGCAGACCUCGGGGAAGCGACAGGGGAAUCGGGGGAAAAAAACAUCCGCUCUACUUCCAGUGAUGUCCCCGGUGUACGGAAAAACUACAGAGUGCUACUUAGCUUUGGAAGCUGAGGUUGCAAUGCUGUUCACAGACUUCCCCUGUUCUCGCCUCUUGUGCUGCAAACUAGCUAUGUUUCCACCGGUUAUGGCUCACGGGUUAGCACUGCCACCUCACAGCACGAAGAUACUGGGUUGGAUCCCCAUUUCUGUGUGGAGUUUGCAUCUUCUUCCUCCACGUCUCCGUGUGAGUUUACGCCGGGUGCUCCGGGUUUCCUCCGGGUGCUCCGAUUUCCUCCGGGUGCUCCGGUUUCCUCCCACAAACAAAAACUUGUAUGUUAGUUGUAGGGCUGUCAAAAUUGCUAAAAAAUGACGUUCGAAUAUUCCCUCUAAAAUAACACCGAAUAUUCAAACUAUUCGAACA